AUGGAGGAUGAUGGCGGUGCCCAAGCGCCGCCCAUCGACGACGACAGCGCCCUCCAGCAGGGAAUGGAGGGUGACGACGCUGGUCUCGAUCAGGGCAUGGGGGCGGGAGACGCCGGGAUCGACCAUGGCGUGGAGGAGGAGGGUAUGGAGGACGGCGAUGACGGCGCCCUCCAGGACAUGGAGGGUGACCAGGGCCAGGCCAUGGAGGCGGGCGACGCCGGGCUCGAGGAGGACAUGGAGGACGAGGACGGCGCGCUGAUCCAGCAGCAGGACAUGGAGGGUGACGACUCUGGGAUCGAGCAGGACAUCGAGGCGGGAGACGAGGGUAUCGACCAGGGCAUGGAGGACGGCGACGACGGCGCCCUCCAGGACAUGGAGGGUGACCAGGGCCAGGGCAUGGAGGCGGGCGACGCCUGGCUCGAGGAGGCCAUGGAGCACGAGGACGACGGGGUCGAGCAGGAGCAGGGCAUGGAGGACGACGGCGACGAUGUCAUUGACCUCGAUCAGUUCAUCGAGGACAUGGGCGGUGGCGUCGCGCUGCUACCGCAGAACCACGUCCUCCCCUUGAGCAUCCCCGAGUACGAGGCGUCUCCGGCCCAUCUGCUGCUGCAGUGGAACGAGUUCCAGCGGAGCGGUCCGCUCGAGACCAUCGUUCUUCUUGCCGAUCGGGAUGAGGAGGAUGGGCACGGCGAUGGUCCGCCUGAAACCGUCGGUCCGCUCUUCAGGGAUGGUGACUACCGCAGCAUCGAUACCAUCCUCCCUGAGUGGACUAUAGAGCUGAUCCGCGAGACCUUCAACGCCAGAACGCAUGCGACCAUCGAGGCGUUGCUGUUGGACGGGCGGAGGAUCCAGUUGGAUUUUCUCAGGAAGAUUUGUGUUGAGGUUGAUGAGGAGGGGACCCCGUUGAGGACCAUCGCCAUGUAUUGGGUGGACGAUCAGUAUCGCGUCUUCGUGAGCGCACGCAUCUUCGGGAUGGAUGAGGAGACUGUGAGGCAGCGAUUCACAGAGGAAUGCCAAGGGAGGCUGAUCAUCACUGAGGUGCGAAGAUGCUUUCACCGCCUGCACGCCAUGGACCCCUUCUGCGAGCGGAUGCAGGUGCAGAGGCCAGUCUUUGGCUGGUACGGCGCCGAGGCCGAACUUGUUCAGCAUGGGGCUUUCCAAGAUGAAGCCUUACACGCAAACUGGGAGCGGGUGGAGAUUCUGGGCUUUGAGAGGGCACAUGGCCGCGGCGUGCAUAUAGCCUCAAUGAGGAGGAUAAUGAAAAGCGCCUUGGUUUCGCUGGCUGGGGCAGUACACCAGCCGGGCCACAUGCUGCUGUGCGCACUGGCGCUGGGUUUCAGAGAGAUAGUACCAGAAGGAUCCCAGCAGGACUCACCCAGCAACCCUUUGUUCCAGAGUGGGGUUGUGCUUGACGCGCGGGGCGACCCAACCUGGCACAUAAUCUGGGAGACCACAGCUCCCUUAACUGUGGCGACAACUUAUACACCCAAUAUAUUUGCUGCCCAACGUAUAACUGAUGUAGUCAUGGAGUGGCUCUGGACCUGGGACUCGUAG